GCCGUGUGUGGGGUCACACUAUCAUAUGCAAUAAUUCCACCAUCUCCAAGUCCCUACCCUACAUAAACAAAGAGCAAACCCAACAUUUCCUCUGAACUGUUUUAGCUUAAUUUUCUUUCAUAUUCCAUUAUUUUUUUCCAUGGUAUCAGACAAAAAGCUUGCCAACGCCGUCGGUGGCAAGACCGCUAGGGCUUGCGAUAGCUGUAUUAAAAAGCGCGCUCGCUGGUAUUGUGCGGCCGAUGAUGCUUUCUUGUGCCAAGCUUGUGAUGCCUCUGUGCACUCCGCAAACCCUUUGGCUCGAAGACACAAAAGGGUUCGCCUCAAAAUUGCAUCAUUCAAAUCAUGUGAUGAGUUUCAUUUAGAAAAUUUAUUACCAACGUGGCAUCCGGGCUUUACUAAGAAGGCUCGGACCCCUCGCCAUGGAAAGCACAAUCGGACCCCCAAAGCUGAAGAAUCCGUUCGAAACCCACUUCCUUUUGUGCCGGACAUGGGAGCGGAGGAGAAUUCAAAUGAAGAUAACGAAGAGCAGCUCCUCUAUAGGGUUCCAAUAUUCGAUCCCUUUGCUGCGGAGCUGUCCAGAUCAGGGAAUUCGAAUGAAGCAACCAGAGAUGUUUUUGGGGGAGAGUCAAAAGCUGUGGUGAAUGCUUGUGGCCAUGGUGUCAAUAGCUUGAAUGAGUUUCUUCCCUCAGACAUGGAUCUUGCAGAUUUUGCAGCCGAUGUGGAGAGCUUACUGGGAAAGGGUCUUGAUGAAGAAUCAUUUGAUAUGGAAGGACUGGGACUAGUAGAUUUCAAAGAGAGUGAUCAAAUGGAGGGCUCUUUGGGUAAAGUGAAAGUUGAAGAAGAAGAAGGUAUGGAAGCUGUCAUGCGGAACCAUCUGGAUAUGGAGACUGACCCGAUGAGAGAGCCGUUUGAAUUUAGGUUCGACUAUGAGGAGGAAGACAAAGAAGCCGAAGCAGAAGAGAAGGUGGUGCAGAAGGACAAGGAAGAGUACAGAGAGAUUGAUGUGAAGAAGAAGAAGAAAAUUUUAUUGAGGCUGGAUUAUGAGGGAGUCAUUACAGCCUGGGCUAACCAAAAGUCUCCGUGGACCACAGGCGAUCGGCCGGAACUCGACCCAACUGAUUGUUGGCCUGACUGCAUGGGUGGUUGUGGAACAGUUCAUCACUCAUAUGGAGAUAUAGGAGUAAUAGGUGCUCACACUGCAAUGUUAGAUGGAGGAAGAGAAGCCAGAGUUUCGAGAUACAGAGAGAAGCGAAGGACAAGACUAUUUUCGAAGAAGAUAAGGUACGAGGUUCGGAAACUGAAUGCAGAGAAGAGGCCUAGAAUGAAAGGGAGGUUCGUUAAAAGGGCAAACUUUGCAGGGCCGAGUUUUCCUUUGCUUAUCAAGUAACACAGUUAACACCAAGUUAGCAUGUUCAUUAUUAUGGUCGAUCUGUACAAAUCCAACAAAUAAGAUCCAAUGUGAAAAAUAAAGCUUAUGCAUA